UUCUAAUUACACUUUUUUUACCCAAUGGCAGUAGGUUGCGGGCAAGUUCCCAAAUCCAACAUCUAGAAUGUCGUAGAAUGCGUAUGAUAUUCGAUUAUAUAGCGAUUGAUCGUCUCCAGUUUUCACCUUCUCUGCGAGUGAUAUUCUUCAAACUGAUCAACGGCGAAACGCUCCUGAUGGCUUUGAAUCCUCAGCUUUUUCCUAAUGGCAUGCCCGUGCCUUUUGUCAACGAAAUGUUCGUGCUGGCCAGAGAUGGCGUCGAGUUCGAAAUUGACAAGAUCCCGGGCACACAUGGGGAUCAUGUUAAAGCAAAGGGAACAAUCUACCUGUCAAAUAUCCGCAUGGUCUUUGUUGCAAAUAAACCUGUUGGCAAUUUUGCUGCAUUCGACAUACCCUUGCUCUAUGUUCAUGGUGAAAAAUUCAACCAGCCGAUAUUCCACUGCAACAAUAUUGCUGGACAUGUUGACCCUGUCGUACCUGAUAACGAGCACAGGGCUCUGUAUUCGACUCACUCCUUCAAGAUUCUCUUCAAGGAAGGUGGUUGUGGAACUUUUGUCCCACUUUUUUUCAACUUAAUUUCAUCAGUUAGACAAUACAACCAACGUACCAGCAUGGAAGCACAGCCUCAAAUGGAUCCUCUGCAAGCAGCAUCAACUCCUGUUGACGAGAUGAUGAGACAUGCAUAUGUUGAUCCGAAUGACCCAACAAGAAUUUUUUUACAGCAGCCAACUCAGGAAUCUCAGUUGAGGCGUCGCACAUACAAUCCACAUGCUGUUGAAAGCUCAAUAUGAUCAUGGUCAUACUAUAAGCACGUGCUUAAAUAUGUAUUUAAAUGAGCAAAAUAAGGUAAUGGGGAUGUUGAACCUUUUUCCAAGAUUAUUGUAAAAUUCUGUAUUUACCCGUAAAAUGUUUCUAUGGAUGAAUUGUUAUUAUCUUCUAUGUACGAGGCGUUGAUAUAUUUUUACCUUC